AUGUUCUCAGCCAAGCGGUUAGGCAAGGAACUGCAGAAGGCCAAACAACAUCUCCCUCCCGGCGUCGAGCUCGUCAAAGCAGACGACUUUUCAGAAUGGCAGAUGGAUAUCCGAGUCCUGGAUGACAAUCCACUGUACAAGGACGAGAUAUAUCGAUUAAGAUUCAGAUUCGGGAACAACUAUCCUAUCCAAGCACCCGAAGUCACGUUCCUCCACAUCCCGCCCUCCUCCUACUCCUCCUCCUCCUUCACCCCCCACUCAUCCCAACAACCACACAACCAAUACCCACCGCCCACCAACAACAACGACAGCACCGUAUCCACCCCCACUCCCGCUCUCGCACCCCCAGAUCGGAAGAGCGUCGUGUAG